CACGGCUCACGGCUCAGUGCCUCAGAUCUCCUCGCCUUUCCCUUCUCUCGAACCCUAUCCUCCCUUGCUCUUCCUUCCCUCUGGCAGCGACGGCUGGGCGAGCGGCGGCGCCAUUUAUCACGUCUUCACCCAGCCCUUUGCCGGCGCCGGGCAUCCACCAGAGUGUGAGGAUAUAUUAAGAAUGGCUGCGCGGAGCACUUCCAUGGCCUCCGAGGAUGACUAUGAGACUGAACAAAAGAAGCAAGCUGCUGCAGAUGUUCUUUUCCACUAUUCACAGUUUGUUAUGGUCUGCAUUGGUGAGGACAUUCGCCCUACUGAUCUCAGGUUGCAUCUUAUGAAGGAAGUUUCUGGAAUGCCCACUUCCUUGAAAAAGGAGCCUCCACAGCCUGCUGCCUCACCGGAUUCCAGCGUUGAACCAUCGUCCUCUGGAACAAUGAAAACCGAAAUCUCCUAAGCUUAUUAAAUUAUCCAGUUCUGAUCUGCUGUUUCUUGUGCACGGAGAAGAAAAUGAUGUUCAGAUGAUGAAGCCUACUUGUAUCAUAAGAAUGUAAAUAUGUUAGUAUCACAUCGUUACCUAGAAUUUGGUCUUGUGACACUGCAGAUGGAACAUUGGUCGUCCUGAUGCCCUGCUGUUCUGCCACUUUGUCUUCUGUUGUGUUAUGACAGUCUGCUAGGUGAUGUUUGUGAUGAAUGGAACCAACAAUACCCGGACCAGUUUGGGUGGUGGGUUGGGGUUGCAGGGGA